AUGUCCACGGCAGCCGGCGGCAGCCGCUUUGGCUACAUCGUGGACCUGCUGGAGCGAGGCAAGGUUACCAUAAAGAAUAUCGAAAGAGAGCUCAUCUGCCCAGCGUGCAAGGAAUUAUUCACCCAUCCGCUGAUCCUUCCCUGUCAGCACAGUAUUUGUCACAAAUGCGUAAAAGAAAUUCUCUUCACGCUCGAAGACUCUUUCACCGAUGGAGGCUCUGAAUCCUCUAAUCAGAGUAGCCCUCGGAUUCGAAUCCAUUCCCCUAGCAUGGACAGAAUUGACAGGAUUAGCAGAUCAGGCAGAAAACGCAAUUCACUGACUCCUAGAACAACUAUGUUUCCAUGUCCUGGCUGUCGGCAUGAUAUUGAUCUUGGAGAACGUGGCAUCAGUGGCUUGUUUCGAAACCUUACUUUGGAAACAAUUGUGGAAAGAUACAGGCAGGCAGCCAGGGCAGCCACAGCUAUUAUGUGCGAUUUCUGCAAACCUCCAGCUCAAGAAUCCACAAAGAGCUGCAUGGACUGCAGUGCAAGCUAUUGCAAUGAAUGUUUCAAAGUGUACCAUCCUUGGGGAACUGUAAAAGCCCAGCAUGAAUAUGUAGGACCAACCACCAACUUCAGACCCAAGAUUUUGAUGUGCCCAGAACAUGAAAUGGAGAGGGUAAACAUGUACUGUGAAAUUUGCAGAAGGCCUGUUUGUCAUCUUUGUAAACUGGGUGGAUCUCAUGCAAACCAUAGAGUAACAACUAUGAGCACUGCCUACAAAACCCUUAAGGAGAAGCUUUCAAAAGAUAUAGAAUACCUCAUCAGUAAGGAGAGCCAGGUAAAAGGUCAGAUCUCUCAGCUGGGUCUCCUGAUGAAGGAAACGGAGUGCAAUGGUGAGAGAGCUAAAGAAGAAGCGUCUCAGAAUUUUGACAAACUAUUUGAUGUUCUGCAAGAGAAGAGAUCGGUAGCUCUCAGGGCAAUUGAAGCAUCUAAGAAUUUAAGGCUGGAGAAACUACAAACCCAAAUAGAGGAAUAUCAAGGUCUUCUGGAAAAUAAUGGCCUUGUAGGAUAUGCUCAAGAAGUGCUCAAAGAAACGGAUCAGUCUUGUUUUGUCCAAACAGCAAAGCAACUUCAUGUCAGAAUCCAGAAGGCUACUGAAUCUCUGAAGAGCUUCAGGCCAGCAGCUGAAACUUCUUUUCAAGACUUUGUGGUGGAUGUAGCCAAGCAAGAAGAGGUCCUUGGUGACUUGUCCUUCUAUUCCAAUGGUCUAGAUGUACCGGAAAUCAAUGAAGAAAAGAGCAAAAUGUACAACAAGGCUGUGAUCAGUUGGGAAUAUCCUGGGAAAGCAGAUUCAGCUGAUAUCUAUGUCCUUGAGUAUAGAAAGCUUAAUAAAGACGAGGAGAGUGCAACGUGGCAAGAGAUCGAAGUUUGCAGCAAGAGCAAAGUAAUAUCUGAUCUUGAUAACAACAGUAGCUAUGCCUUUAGAGUCCGAGGGUACAAAGGGUCCAUCUGCAGCCCUUGGAGCAGAGAAGUUAUCUUGCAUACACCUCCAGCUCCAGUUUUUAGUUUUCUUUUCGAUGACAAAUGUGGGUACAACAGUGAACAUCUUCUGCUGAACCCAAGAAGAAGCUCUGUGGAAAGCAGGGCUGGAUUUCCUCUGCUGCUAGGAGCUGAACGCAUACAGGUUGGAUGUUACACAACUCUGGAUUACAUCAUUGGUGACACUGGGAUUGCCAAAGGGAAGCAUUUCUGGGCUUUUCAUGUGGAAGCCCAUUCAUACCUGGUGAAAGUGGGAGUUGCUUCUAGCGCCAAGAUACAGGAAUGGCUUCAUAAUCCCCGUGAUGUGACCAGCCCGAGAUAUGAACAAGACAGUGGUCAUGACAGUGGGAGUGAAGAUACCUGCUUUGAAUCAUCACAGCCUUUUACUUUGGUGACUUUAGGCAUGAGAAGUUUCUUUAUCCCCAAAGCACCUGCCGCCCCCAAAGAUUCAGCGAGCAGAAUUCUUCCCAUGCCAUCGUGUAUAGGGGUCUGCCUUGACUAUGACAAGGGCAAGGUUGGAUUCUAUGAUGCAGAUCAUAUGAAAUGCCUUUAUGAGCGCCAGGUGGACUGUUCCGGUAUAAUGUAUCCGGCAUUUGCUUUAAUGGGUGGAUCAGGAAUUCAUCUUGAGGAAGCCAUUGCAGCAAACCACUUGGAGUACCAAGAUGAUAUAUAAUACAGUGAUAUCUUCCCAUUGCCGUUUUGAGAUGGAAAAUGAGAGCAGAGGUGUUCUGCCUUAGCAUUCAGUCCUAAUUAAUUACAUCAUAUUUAAGUGCUGCACACAAGCCUUUGGGUCAUGUGUUUUUUUUUUUUUUUUUUUUUUUUU